UCCGGUGUAAGAUAAAGACACACGCGGAUCUAUCGAGAAAAGAACGCGAAUAAUUAUAAAAAUAUCUAAAAAGCAAAGACUUAUUUAUUAAUUUUACAUUGCCUCCUUUUUAAAAAUGUCCAACAACGGUGCUUCGGACUCUUGGGAAAAUCAAGCGGAUGUUAACGGUGAACAAGGUGCGAAAGAUGAUGUGUCUACAAAAUUUUCCACGUUGAAUGUAAAUGCCGUGGAAUUCGUGCCUUCUUUUUGUAAGCCUUCCCAAGAUAAUGACAAUAGCGAUACACCUAAUUCGCCACAAAAAUCUGAAAGUAGAUCUACUAAUUCCACUGAAAGUCCUGUCUUAAACGGAUGUGGUGAUGGAGCAGAAAGUGGUGAUGGUAGAGCUGCGUCCGCAUCACCCCGGGUAGAGGAACCACCUCCCGUGCCGCCAGCCGUUGCUCCUGCAGAUGCUCCUGCCGACGAUCAAGCUGCUGCUCAAGCCCUUGCUCCUGCUGACAUCGCGCCUUUGCCCGUCCCGCCCGACGUAUCUCCUACGGCUGACAGCUGGGAAGCCGAAGCCGAUGAUCCACUACUCACACCUGAAGAUAAUAAUGACGAAGAAGAAUCAGAGCAACAGGAGGAUGAAGAAACUGCAAAGAAAAUUCCAAAAAAGAAGCCUGUUCGAGUUGAGGAUACACGUAGCAAGAAAGAACAUGUCAAUGUAGUAUUUAUCGGACAUGUAGAUGCUGGAAAAUCAACUAUUGGUGGUCAAAUAAUGUCGUUAACGGGCAUGGUGGAUAAAAGAACAUUGGAUAAAUAUGAAAGAGAAGCGAGGGAGAAAUCAAGAGAGUCAUGGUAUUUAUCCUGGGCUCUAGACACUAAUCAAGAAGAACGAGACAAAGGAAAGACUGUUGAAGUGGGAAGAGCAUAUUUUGAGACUGAAAAAAAGCAUUUUACAAUUCUUGAUGCGCCGGGACACAAGAGUUUUGUGCCCAAUAUGAUUGGAGGUGCGGCGCAGGCUGACCUCGCUGUGUUGGUAAUAUCUGCAAGAAAAGGUGAAUUCGAAACUGGUUUUGAUAGAGGGGGACAAACACGAGAGCAUGCUAUGUUGGCUAAGACUGCUGGUGUUAAGCAUUUAGUUGCCCUUGUUAAUAAAAUGGAUGAUCCAACUGUCAACUGGGAUGAGAAAAGAUAUAAUGAAUGUCGAGACAAAAUCCUGCCAUAUCUCAAAAAACUCGGCUUUAAUCCCGCUAAGGAUUUGUCUUUCUUACCUGUCUCUGGCCAAACAGGUCAAGGAUUGUUGGAGAAAGUAUCAGAAGAAAUCUGUACAUGGUACCAAGGACCAUCAUUUAUUCAACUCAUUGAUGAUUUACCAUCUCUUAAUCGCAAGAUGGAUGGUCCAUUUAUCAUGCCUGUUGUUGACAAAUACAAAGAUAUGGGUACAGUGCUCAUGGGAAAAGUUGAAGCAGGAACCACUCGCAAAGGCAGUACUUUGUUCCUUAUGCCUAAUAGAGUUCAAGUAACAGUGGAUCAGUUAUGGUCUGAUGAUAUUGAAGUAACUUCUAUUGGUCCUGGUGAAAAUGUGAAAGUGAAACUCAAAGGUAUUGAAGAAGAAGAUGUGUCUCCUGGCUUUGUUCUUUGUGAUAUUGCAGAACCUAUCACUACUGGGAAAGUUUUUGAUGCCCAAGUAGUCAUUUUGGAGCACAAAUCUAUAAUUUGUGCAGGAUACUCUGCUGUUAUGCACAUACAUUGCGCAGCUGAAGAAGUAACUGUUAAGGCACUUAUCUGCUUGGUAGAUAAGAAGACUGGAGAAAAAUCUAAAACACGGCCGCGAUUCGUGAAGCAGGACCAAGUGGCUAUCAUGAGGAUAGAUUGUGCGGGAAUCAUUUGCCUAGAACCAUUUAAGAAAUUCGCCCAAAUGGGUAGAUUCACAUUAAGAGAUGAAAAUAAAACUAUCGCAAUCGGUAAAGUCCUAAAAGUGAUUGAGUAAAUACGGCACUAUGAUUCGUAAUUUAGUUAGGAUAGGCCUUUCUAAAACCUGUAUCAUCAGAAAAUGCAUGUAUUAUGUAAUUCUGACUUGUGGGAUCUAUGUGAGAGCUAGAGUGUAUUGCUUUAUCAUCGGUGUUUUGAAUUAUAGAAAAGCUAGUCCUUGCGGAACAUUAUUUACUGUUUCACAGCCACUGCCAUUGAGCAAAAAAAAAAAAACAUUUGUACGGCAUAACACUCGCAAUAGUGACGUUAAAUGCUGUUUAUUCUAAUUUAAAAUGUAAUGAAACAUGAGAACUUUCGCUAGCAACGUUGAAUAGAUUUCAUUAAAAAUUUAGUCAGUCUAGGACCUAGGUAGUGCCUAAACAAUUUUUUAGUUCAGAGCUCAAAAUUGUUCUUAUAUAUAUAAAAAUAAAUAUUGCGAUUGGUUACAGUUAAUUUUGUGUAAUCUUUGUAAUUAGUUAUGUUUUAAUUAACGAAGAAACAAUAUUUAAUAUUAUUUAUGUUUAACUUUAUGUCUAUUUUUAAUUUAAAUUCUUAAAAACAUGUUUAUUUUAAUAUGACUGAUGAUUAUUUAAAACAAGGCCCUACAAAAAUUCGAGCGUUGCUAUCGCUGAGGCACAGUGAAAUUUUAAUCAAUUUGGUUUUUAUUUUAUUUUUAUGAAAUAGUGAUGGACGAAGGCGAAUAAUGGCAUAGUUCGAUCGUUCAAUUUAUUAUUCAAUUAUAUUUGUUCAUAUUGUAACCAAGUUUUCAUUGGCAGCACUUAAGUCAGGUAACAGAAAAAAAAAUUUAAACAUCCAAAAAAAUAAAUGUAUAUUAAAAGUGCAGUCAAUAAAUUCUAUAAAUAAAUUUUUUGAUUAAUUUCAUUUAAAAAUAUGCAAUAAAAUGAUAUUCGAAUAUAAAGCCAUUUAGAAUGAUAGUUACAUUGAUUCGCAAUCGUUCAUCACUAGUAUUGUAUUAAUGUGCUCAUUUCAUGUCGUAAACACAUAGAAAUGUUUUUCUCAUUUUGCAAUGUUUUUAUCAAUCUUUUAAAUUUAUUUUGAUAGUAAAUCCGAGCCAUAAUUAUCAAUUCAAAUAUGGGUUAUACACCAUCUAUAAUAUCUUGUCACGAUGAACUCAGCCAGUACAUAAAAAAAUUUAACAUCACACAUAAACAAAAUAUAACAACAUGACUUAGGGAUAAUUAACUGUAUUAACAUUUAUAUGUUGUACCUCUGAUUGCUGAGCACAAGCCAGACCUGAAGACCUUUUUCUAUACUUCACUGUCAUCUAUUUUUAUUUAAAAAUGUAAACAUUAGUGAAGAAUUUGAAAUAUGUAAUAAAAUGAGCACCAAGAAGUAUUUUAAAUAACAGAUUGUUCGUAUGGUGGAUGAAGCUCUCAUGUAAUGGUUGGGAUGAUUGUUGCAUUGUGUAUUACUCCCAAUAAAACAAGUAAUUAUGAAAUCAUAUAUUUUCCCUUUAUCAAACUUGUUACAUGAGCUAUGCUCAACUAAAUAUUUUGCAAUGAUCAUCCUGACUAUCAUCUCUGAUACUUAUAUUUUCACAUAUUAUGAAUUAUUAGUGAUGAAUAUGUUACUGAUACCUAUUGUAAAGCUAGAUUAUGUUUAUUUUAAAUAAUUUGCUAUACUUUAUAAAUAUUAAUAUAGCUGUUUUAUUUCAGCAUUUAACUGAUGAAACACAGAUCAAAACACAUAAUAGUUAUUAUAUAUUAAUGACGCUAAUUAUAUUACUUGCAAUAUUUUUAUAAAUUUAUAGUGAUAGAUUAAAUUUUAUUGCUCUGAUCAAUGACCAAUAUAUGGGCCAAGGUCUAAAGAGGUGUUUCUAUUGCAAAAAAACUUCUUUUUAUUUCUUUUGUUUAGUUCUAACCACCACUUUAUUUUGAAUCACGAUUAGCACUCAGAUAUGCGAUAUUAUGCCAGACAUCGAGCACUGGCUGUAUAAACCUAGUUAUAUUUGUAAUGUUUAUUUCAAGUUUUUUGUGAAACAUGAGGUACUUAGUAAAGCGUUAUAGUUCAUAUGUUGAAAAUAGUAAUCGUCUCAUCCAGCGUAACGUUGUGUAAGGUGGAGUAUAAAAUUAUCUGCUUAUUAAUAUAAUCAGUUUUUUUUUUAACAAUUCAGGCGAAACCAUAUGUUACUAUUAAUAUUUUGUGUAUAUCAGUGGACAGACCGUGAGACGAACGUAGUCCUCCAUUCAAGUUCACCUCCCACGCUGUACAUUCUUUGUCGACGAUGCUUUUAGUGAGGGUGAGUAGGACGCGAGGUCCGUUCGCGUGUCGUAGUGCCUUUGUUCCCGCGAGGGGGCCGCGUCCGUCUUACGUGCCUCUUAAGCCGAACGACAGCUUAUCGGUUGUCUGCAAGUAUAUUAUUUUGUUUAAAAUAAAAUAAAAUUUUAUUAUAAC